AUGGCGCACACUGCACGGCUGCACGUCAUUAAGCAGCAGGUAGGGGCUGGGUCCACCCGCUCAAGGACGUGGAAGACGUGGAGGCUCGGGGGCCCUUUUGGUCAGGGAAAUCCAAACACGCCGUCGCCCCCUACACUGCGCUCUCCUCCCCGCCGGCCCCCCUGUCUCCGUCCUCCUCGGUCCUUCUCCUGGGGGCUAACGCCGUGCUUCCCUCCCUCCCUGUGCAGCUGUGAGUGUGUGAGCAGCCUGGGGGAGGAGUUCCGCCGCGGGGCGGGGGUGCUGGACAUGGUGUUCGAGACCCCCCAUCAGCUGUACACCUGCGGCUACGACACCUACAUCCGCCUGUGGGACCUUCGCCUCAGCCCCAGGAAGUGUGUUAUGGAGUGGGAGGAGCCUCACGACAGCGCCCUCUACUGCCUCCAGACGGAUGGGAACCACAUGAUCGCUAGUGGCUCCUCCUACUACGGCGUGGUGCGCCUCUGGGACAAACGGCAGAGCAAGUGUCUGAAGUACUUCCAGCUGACCACGGACCGGGUGAGCAGCCCCGUCUACUGCCUGAGGUUCUCCAGCUCUCACCUGUACGCCGCCAUCGCCACCGCCCUCCACGCGCUGGACUUCAGACGCAACGCCCAGGACCUGCUCUGCUGACCCCCACCCACCCCCCCACCCACGUCCCAGCAGCGCUCUGAUAAAGAUUUAUAUUUUUUUGGAAGUCCUACACUUUUCACGGAUAGGUUUGGGAUGAAUUGUAGUUUUUUAACAGAGACGUGUUUUAUUGUUUGAAGCAUGUUUGAAAAGGAAUAUGUGACUCCUGCCUUUUUUAAGACAUGUGUAUUAAAAAGGUUCUCGAAA